AUGGCUGCUCCUGUGCCUCCAGGGGCACCUAGACCCGGCAGUAACACACCGCAGCUCCCUCCCCCUAAUUACGUUCCUAACAUUAGGGGUACUCCUGAUACACUUGCUGAUAAUAUGCACAAUUUGAAUCUUAAUCGGCCUCCUAUGACCGCAAAUCCUGUUUCUAGACCUCCUCCAUUUGGUCAACCACCACCUUUUCCUUCUUCUGCCCUUUCACCGGGGAUCCCUGGCUCCUCACCUCCAUUUUCACGACCUGGACCACCUCCUGGAGCAAUGAUGAGGCCUGCAGGGCCUUCUACUGGACAGCCAUUGUCCACAUUUCCACCAAAUGUUGUCCCUGGAAGGCCUACUGGGCCACCUCCUGGUCAACCUCCAUCUUUUGUGUCAAGACCCCCUCCUAGUUCUCUUCCACCUACCAUGGGUAAUGUUGCUGCGCCUGUUUCUGGGGUUCCUCCUCCUACUGGUUCUCCACAAAUCCGUCCGCUUGUGCCACCUCAACCUUCUCCUGGUGCUCGUUCCAGUCCGAGUCCUUUUGCUUCACCACCAAUGAGUACUCCCCCAGUUAUAGGCCCUAUCAGUGCAUCGGGUAAUUUGAUGAAUAAUGGGCCGCCUGUAUUUUCUGCUGGGGCUUUGGCAGGUCCCCAACGUUUUCCCGUCGGCAGUGUGACACAACCCCCGGUUGGACCUCCACCAACCAUGAGAGCUCCUCCAGGUCCAGCUGUUCAACCCCAACCCCCCUACCCCAUGGCAUCUCAAGGAAUAUUGCAGCCUCCAAGUUCACCUUUUGGAGCACCUUCUUGGCAGAUGCAAUCCCAGCAGGUAGCCCCACCUCCUCCAGUUCCUGGUCCUUCACAACCUCCUCGGAUGUUUGGCAUGCCACCACCAUUGCCAAAUCAAUCUAUGACUACUACCAUAUCACCUGCUGUUGGUCAAACUGGAGCCCCAAUGGCAGGGCCUUCCAAAAUUGAUCCCAAUCAAAUUCCAAGACCUACUCCAGGUUCCUCUGUGAUUUUGCAUGAGACUCGUCAAGGCAACCAGGCAACUAUUCCUCCGGUACCUGCUACAAGUGAUUUCAUUGUAAGAGAUACAGGGAAUUGCAGUCCACGUUACAUGAAGUGCACAAUCAAUCAGAGGAGUAGUGGUAAGGUCCCUUUCACUGCUGAUCUUUUGUCAACAUCAGGAAUGCAGUUGGCUAUGCUAGUCCAACCCCUGGCCCUUCCACACCCAUCCGAGGAGCCCAUUCAAGUUGUUGAUUUUGGGGAGGGUGGUCCUGUUCGUUGCUCUCGUUGCAAGGCUUAUAUAAACCCCUUCAUGAAAUUCAUUGAUCAGGGAAGGCAUUUCGUCUGCAAUUUGUGUGAUCCAUCACCAACUAAAAAGGUUGAACAAUUCCGUAAUGCGACCACAGAAGAACAUGUACGAAAAUAUUCUGAUCAAGUAUACACAUGGCACACAUAUCAGGGGUUUAGUGAUGAAACACCACGGGACUACCACUGCAAUUUAGGCCCAGAUGGUCGGCGUAGAGAUGCUGAUGAAAGGCCUGAGCUGUGUAGAGGAACGGUUGAGUUUGUUGCUACAAAGGAAUUCAUGGUUCGUGAGCCAAUGCCUGCAGUGUACUUCUUUCUCAUUGAUGUAUCUAUGAAUGCUGUUCAAACUGGUGCAACAGCGGCAGCUUGCAGUGCCAUAAGUCAAGUUAUUUCAGAUCUUCCCGAGGGUCCUCGAACGUUUGUGGGAGUUGCAACUUUUGACUCAACAAUUCACUUCUACAACUUGAAACGGGCAUUGCAGCAGCCACUGAUGCUCAUUGUUCCUGAUGUCCAAGAUGUUUAUACUCCCUUGCAAACUGACGUAAUUGUUCCACUAUCUGAGGCAGCUUUCCUUGCAAUGAAGGACACUGGAGGAAAGCUAUUGGUUUUCCAGUCAGUCUUGCCAUCUAUAGGCAUUGGUGCCCUUUCUGCUCGGGAGGCUGAAGGUAGAACAAACAUCUCCGCAGGUGAAAAGGAAGCCCAUAAAUUACUGCAACCAGCUGAUAAAGCGUUCAAGGAACUGGCAGUUGAAUUUGCUGAGUAUCAGGUUUGUGUAGACGUGUUUGUGACUACUCAGACUUAUGUAGACAUUGCUUCCAUAUCUGUUAUCCCACGGACUACUGGUGGACAGGUCUAUUACUAUUACCCCUUCUCAGCUCUUUCUGAUACUGCAAAACUUUACAAUGAUCUUAGAUGGAACAUCACUAGGCCACAAGGUUUUGAGGCUGUAAUGCGUGUGAGGUGCAGUCAGGGUAUCCAAGUGCAGGAAUACUAUGGCAAUUUCUGUAAACGUAUCCCAACUGAUGUUGACUUACCUGGGAUUGACUGUGACAAAAAUUUCAUGGUAACUUUGAAACAUGAUGACAAGUUACAUGAUGGGUCAGAAUGUGCUUUUCAGUGUGCCCUUCUUUACACAACUCUAUAUGGCCAAAGAAGAAUACGUGUCAUAACCUUGUCUCUGCCUGUCACUAGUAUGCUCAGUAAUCUGUUCCGUGCAGCUGAUUUGGACACUCAAUUUUGCUGUUUCUUGAAACAGGCUGCUUAUGAGAUUCCUUCAAAGCCACUCCCAUUUGUUCGGGAACAAGUAACAAGCCUUUGCAUCAAUGCACUAUAUUCAUACCGUAAAUUUUGUGCUACGGUGUCCUCAUCUGGACAACUUAUUCUUCCUGAGGCUCUAAAGCUUUUGCCCCUGUAUACACUUGCAUUAACUAAGAGUACAGGGUUGCGAACGGAGGGGAAAAUAGAUGAACGGUCAUUUUGGAUAAAUUAUGUGUCCUCUAUCUCUGUUCCAUUGGCAAUACCACUUGUGUAUCCUAGGAUGGUGGCUAUCCAUGAUCUUGACUCAAAGGAAGAUGAAGAGUCUGUUAUUCCUCCGUUUCUUCCUCUUUCCAGUGAACACAUUAGUGAUGAUGGAAUAUAUCUUCUUGAAAAUGGUCAUGAUUGUUUGAUAUAUGUUGGAGGCUCUGUGAAUCCAGACAUUGUGAAGAAACUAUUUGGUGUUGUUACAAUUGACGAAGUCCCUACUCUGUUCGUAUUGCAGCAGUAUGACAAUCCACUAUCAAAGAAGUUAAAUGAAGUGGUUAAUGAGAUACGGCGGCAAAGAUGUUCCUACCUCCGGUUAAAGCUCUGCAGGAAAGGGGAUCCAUCAGGAAUGUUAUUCUUCUCAUAUAUGAUAGAAGACAAGAGCGCUGGUGGCUUCUCCUAUGUAGAGUUUCUUAUCCAUGUCCAUAGGCAAAUUCAAAAUAAAAUGACAUCAUAA